GAGAGUCCAGAGAUGACGUUUCCCUUUCUGUUUUCUCCAGAUCCCGAUUUGCUAGAUCGAUUCGUUGCUCCCUUCAGGAAAAGAAAACCAGUCCGCGUCUACAUGGACGGCUGCUUCGACAUGAUGCACUACGGCCACUUCAACGCGCUCCGGCAGGCGUGCUCUCUGCGACGAAUUGGUCGUCGGCGUGGUCAGCGACGAGGAGGUCAUAGCUAACAAGGGACCUCCCGUUACGCCUCUUCACGAGAGGAUGAUAAUGGUGAAGGCUGUUAAGCGGGUGGAUGAGUUUAUUCCCGAUGCUCCUUACGCAAUCACGGAGGAGUUCAUGAAGAGGUUGUUUGAAGAGUAUCGGAUUGAUUACAUUAUCCAUGGGGAUGAUCCUUGAGUUCUUCGUGAUGGAACUGAUGCUUAUGCCUUGGCUAAGAAGGCUGGGAGGUAUAAGAAGAUAAGCGUACUGAAGGAGUUUCCAGCACUGAUAUCGUUGGUCGAUAACAAACAUUUUGGAAUUUUAAGGAACGAACUUUCGAUAUGGAAACUUUGAUUCUUCUUCUGCUGAGAAUGGGUUUGAAUCUUAUAGGUAGAUAUGUAUGAGAAUGAGAAACGAGAGAGAGUGGUGAAGGCAAGUCGUGAUAUCACUAUGAACAGCAAAAAAGUCAUCUUUCAAGUUCACAGACUCAGUAAAGACAACAAAGAAGAGGUUCUGGAGAAAGCAGGGAAAGAUUUAGAAGCAGUGAGGGAUCAACACUUUGCCCGGCUGAUGAAAGAGCUUCAAGGAACUGAUUUUUGGAAGCUCCGGCGAGCUUACUCCCCAGGGGUGCAGGAAUAUGUUGAAGAUGCAACGUUUUAUAAGUUCGGCAUGUCCGGAACACUCUAUACUCUAGAUGAGAUUAACUCUACGCUUUUACCGCUUAGUGACCCUUCUCUAGAGCCACUGCAGAUCAACAUCCUUGACUAUAUUCUCGGGCUUGCAGAUAUGACUAGAGAGCUAAUGAGGAUGGCGAUUGGUAGAAUAUCAGAUGGUGAAGUCAAGUUCGCGCAGAGAAUUUGUCAGUUUGUCAGACAGAUUCACAGGGAACUGUUGUUGGUCGUGCCUCAGAUGGAUGAUAGUUAUGACAUGAAGUCAAAGAUGGAAGUGAUGCUUCAAAGUGUGAUCAAAAUUGAGAAUGGUUUCACACAGACGAACUAGAAAUCUACUCUUACUUGUGUGGCUGCUUAUGGUAUAGAUAAAAAAUGUUGGAGACUUGCAUUACUUAUUUAUGUGAUAAUAUGAAGCUUUUUUAGUUUCACUUUCUAGCUAUUGCUCUGUCAAACUUCUCAUUUUAUUUUCUUGGCUUCGGGUUGUUUCUUCUACUGCAAAACGAGGUUUUAGUAAGGAUUUUGUGCUAUGUAAUACUGAUUCAUUUCAUAGUUAAGUUUAUUAUGUGUUAAACGUUGGAAAGUGUAAGAUUUAGAGGAAGAAUGG